GUGCGCAUGUGGAACCGCCCUUGCGGCUCAAUCGGAAAGUUAGUAGAUGCCCGUGUGGCCAUGUGGUGACAACAGUUGUUCGGAGUGAACUCGUGCGUACGGAUUGAACUUGUGAAAAAUACCUAAAAAUAUCGGAAUUUAAUGCCUGCCAAAAUAUAUUGUUGUGUUAUUGGGUGCAACAACUCCGAACAAAAUAGUCAGCAGUUAAAAUGCUGUGGACUGCAUGCUCCCAGCUAUCGAGCCGCUGCCGCCAACGACAUGGGUUCAGACAUUGGAAGCUGUAGACAACGGAAUUAUAUGUCCACAAUUUAAUGUACCUACGGUGGCUGAUCGUUUCCUACCAAAGGAUAAAACUAUGCAAGAAGACUGUCUUAUUGCAAAUAUUUAUGUGCCUAAUACAGACGAGAAAGAUCUGCCGGUUGUCGUUUACGUUCACGGUGGCGGCUACAUUGUUGGCCACGGGAAUUACCUCACACCUAAAAAGUUCGUCAAUAAUAGAAAUAUAAUUGCAGUAACAUUUAACUAUAGGCUUGGAGCACAUGGAUUUCUGUGUUUAGGCACGAAAGAUAUUCCCGGGAACGCAGGAAUGAAAGAUCAAGUGGCAUUGUUGCACUGGGUACAGAAAAACAUUAAAAGUUUCGGUGGUAAUCCCAAUGACGUCACUCUAGCCGGAUACAGCGCCGGCUCAGCGGCGGUCGAUCUUAUUAUACUAUCGAAAAUGGCAAAAGGAUUAUUUAAUAAGGUUAUUGCGGAGAGCGGUGUGAACACGUCACCAUUUAGUGUACAAAUGGAUCCAAUAAAAAAUGCUAAAGAGUACGCCCAAAAUAUAGGUUUUGAAAAAGUUGAUGAUAUUAAUGAAUUACAAGAUUUUUUUAAAACUAUUUCUUAUGAUCUAUUACAAUCGGCUAAUGUUUUAUAUAGAACAGAUUCUGAGUUUUUAUCUGCACCAUGUGUAGAAAGCGACGUCGGACAAGUAAGGUUCCUGGAAGAUAGUCCCGUAAAUAUAAUGAAGUCUGGUAACUAUCUCAAACUUCCCACGUUAUAUGGAUUUGCUGUGAUGGAAGGAGCGUCCCGUAUCGAUCUUUUUGAUCACAUAAAAGAUGAAAUGAACGCCAACUUUAGAGACUUCAUGCCCAGUGAUUUAACAUUUAAAAAUAAAGAAGAGAAACACGAUGUAGCGAACAGGGUAAGACGUUUCUACUUUGGAGACAAACCUAUAUCCGACAACACAGUCUUAGAACACGUUGAUUUCUUCACUGAUAUUAUAUUCGCGUGCCCAACGUUGCGAACAUUGAAAAAUCAGGUAAAAUCGGGUAAUAAUCAGAUAUAUUUGUAUGAGUACACCUUUGUAGACGAGAGCACACCACUAAUACCGUACACAAACGUACGUGGAGCGAACCAUUGUGCUCAAACAAAUACUGUUAUGGAUGGCGUUAACAUGACCCUCUCGGACGAAAGUUCGAUCUCCGAGGAUUUCAAAAAAAUUAAGGGCUUAAUGCGGGAUCUUUGGGCGAAUUUCAUUACUACAGGAAAACCUGAAAGUCCGUGGGUACCAACAUGGCCGACCUCGGGGGAGACGGGUUCCCCUCACAUGUCUUUAAACAUGAACCCAGAACUUCGAAAUACAUCGCCGUCAGUCCGGUGCCACCUAUGGGAAGAAAUCUAUGACAAACACUAUCGACACCCCAUAAUGCCCUCACACCCCACAAUGCACAACGAACUUUGAUAAAAUCAUUGAACGUCAUAAGGACAGUUACGUUCUAAAUAUUUAGGUUUUAAUAAAUGAUGAGGUUUUAAUAAAAUAUGGCGACUUGAUAAAGUAUCUUCUCAUGUCUGUGUUUUGUAUCACUAUAAUGUUAUUGUAUUAUUUAACCACUAAUUACUAUAACAGAGUCCUCCAGCGUAGUCAUAUAGACUUCUGCCAUUUAAGUACUGUCAAAAAUAUAAUCAACUAAUGAAUGACUAUUUAGCCCAUUCCAAUGUAAGUAUGAAAAUAGACAAAUAAACCUUAGAUUUACGUAUUUCAUGCGUUUUGCUAAUAA